AUGACAACCCCGGAAGCCAAGAAGUUGCUCCUCGACAUCUACUUUGUGGAUCAAGCCACAAAGGCUGCUGAACUCGAGAAAAUCGUCUCAGUGCCGGAAAUCGAGAAGGAGAAAACCUUGUCCGAGGUCCGCGACCAUUUGCGGACGAACAAGGCCCUGACUCUUCGCGAGAAGACAUGUAAAUUCUGCACCACUUCUUGUGCUGAGCUCAAAGAUACACUUUCUUUCUCGGACUAUAUUGACCUGGUCGCUAACAAGGACAAGGAGCCCGGUGUUAACAAAGAUCAGCAGCUAGAUGUCUUGGAACAUCCCAAGAAUGGGAAAGAAAAUAUCAGGAUCUAUCUCCGGUCGCGUAAACGCUUCACCGAGAUGGAUGAAGGCACAAAGGAGUUUCUCAAGCAGAAGUUUGAUUUUGAAUUAAAGAAAGCCGAACUCCUGCCUGAUAACGCGCGUGAAUCACUCAAGGGAUCCUAUAGUCAUCGAGACUUUAUGGCCGAGGUUGGAAACGGAAACAUCAUUCACCCAGUUGAUAUGUCUGAGGAGCAGUGGCAUGCUGUGACCGAGACAAACGCUCUUCUACAUGGCAACACUAUCUGGAGAGCAACAAUCGAGUCUCCGGCGAGCGUAGAACGGGCCAUUUAUCCUACCUUCCGACUCAAGCAGCGCGCCAUCGAGUAUUAUUUCGAUGAUAAAGACAACAAGAAUGAACCCGUCGAGAAUGCUGGGACAAUGUCGGCUACAGAGACAACAGAAAUGCUCCGGAUACCUCGGUUCAUUGUCACGGACGACUCCUACGUCGACGUCUCCGAGCAUAAAUCCUCCGUGGCGUCGGCUAUAGCUUCCAGCUCCUUGUCCAAGAGUUCAUCCGAAGUUGCUAUCGGAGGGGGUGCCUACGGAUAUAGUUUAGGCGUCUCUGGAGGGCACGAAUACGAAACCAGCGAACGCAGCCAGCAAAGAAACCAGACGGAGACCAACCAUAUGGUCGUUACAUACAACUUUCCGCGUGUCAUUGUUAGCCUCGACAAAGACAGUCUCGAGCUUACCGAAGAAUGCAGGGAACAUCUCAGGAAGAUCAAUUCGAGAGAGGACGCUGGAAGCUUUAAGAGGAAAUUUGGUUCCUUCUUUUCCACCAAGGUCCAGCUUGGAGGCCGACUGCACUCCACGCAAGAGUCUGCUGCCGUGACGGGCAGCAACAUCGGAGAAAAGACAAAGAGGUUGAAAAUCUCGGCCGGUAUAUCCUUCGCCGGGCCCGGUGUUCAGGCGACCCUCAAAGGUGGCUAUGGGAGUGAUACUAAUAAAAGAAACGAGACAUCUUCCGCUGCGUUUGAUAGCCAGAUGACGUGGGAUGCCAAAGGAGGUGACACUCUCCUCUGCAAUAAGUACUGCCCAGCUUCCAGUUUCCGCGAUCCAACAUAUGCUGACAAUGAGACGCAGUCCCCCCGCAUGGUGCAAGACUGUUUCAUCCAAGAUAACCUUGUGUCUAUUACUGACAUGAUCUGUGAUGUUGAGAAGGAUGUUGGUGAGAAGCUUAAGAGGUUUGAAGGGAAGCCAGUCAAUUCCAAGGUCGAUAUCUGCUUCUUGCACAAGCCGAGUGGAAAGUAUCUCGGAUUCAACACAGAGGAGGAUCCUCUGCCGCCCAUCUUGCUUAAAGACUUCAAUAAGAGAGGGUUUACGCCUGACGCAUAUCCACACGUCACAGAGAGAGGGCCAAGGAAGACAGUAUCUUUGAGUAAGUCGAAAGAUGGAAAUGCACAAGUAUUUUCGCUGCAUGGGACCAUGAUAAACGAUGUCAAGCAACGCGCUAGGGUUAUGGCGGAUUAUGCGUACACCGCUUGGAACGCUGACAUUGACAACUACACGGGCUGCGUUCCUAGGCAGGCGUAUUUCCCAUACAGGAGAACGCAACUGCAAGAAAUCCCUACAAAGAAGAUUGAGACGCCUGUCACAUUCCAUUUCAGAGCUGUCAAUUCUCAGACAGAGGACGGUCUUCCCCAGGGGACCGAAGUCGUAAUCGACGUGUACGCAGGCAGUGUGUUGCUUGGCGAGGUACGAGGUGCAGAGGGAGAAGAGGGAGCCGUGGUGGUUGAUCGGGGGGCGAAGGACGGUAGCCUGUUCCGGAAGGAUACAGAUAUUGUGUCUACGGAACCGUUGGUCUUCACUCUGCGAUACCAGCCGUAUCACUUGAACUCGAAAAUAGACUUUGUACCGUAUCUAACGACUCAAAAGAAGAAACCGGCGGCGCAGCUGUGA